UUGGUUUGAAAACCCAUCCAUUCGCUCUAACUCCCACUCCUCAUCCGCCAUUCUCGCUCUCGUUAUUUCGCUAUCCUCCUCUGAUUUGAGCCCUUUAGAGACGAGAAGAUCAUCGGAUUGAGCUCUCUCAGAUCAUCGAUGGCGUCGCCGACCUCUGAUCCGGAGCGGCCCAAGUUGUCCUUCUUUUCUAGGGUUUCAGAUAACAAUGUGAUGGAGAGCGCGGCAGAUAGUUCAAGAGAAGCUCUUAUCAGCGGCGAUGGAUUAUCGGAUGCCUAUUCCGUUUGGGCUGUGAUGAUCUCGUUUUUUUUCCCAGCUUUAGGAGGGUUGCUUUAUGGCUAUGAUAUUGGCGCGACAUCAGGUGCAACAAUAUCUAUAGAGUCGCCCACAUUAAGCGGAACUACGUGGUACAAUUUGAACUCCAUCGAGAUUGGUCUUGUGGCCAGUGGUUCAUUAUAUGGGGCUCUGAUUGGUUCGGUUUUGGCAUUUACUGUUGCGGAUUUCUUAGGAAGACGGCGGGAGCUAAUUCUAUCCUCUGUGCUGUAUCUUAUUGGGGCUCUAGUGACUGCAUUUGCACCCAGUUUCCCUAUCAUGGUUGUUGGACGAUUUGUGUAUGGUAUAGGAAUUGGGCUGGCAAUGCAUGGUGCUCCAAUGUAUAUCGCAGAAACUGCCCCAAGCAAAAUAAGAGGUCGACUCAUCUCUAUGAAAGAGCUCUUUAUUGUUGUUGGAAUGCUUCUUGGUUAUUUGUUCAGUAGUCUAUAUGUUAAUAUGGUCGCUGGAUGGCGUUAUAUGUAUGCUACCAGUUCACCGAUUUGCGUGGUAAUGGGAAUUGGUAUGUGGUGGUUGCCACCAUCACCUCGUUGGCUGCUUCUUUGUGCAAUACAGGAAAAUGGAAGUUUGCCAGAAGCAAAAGAAAUAGCUAUAUGCAGUUUGUGUCGGCUGAGGGGUCAGCCUGUGAAUGCAUCAUCUUCUGAGGAAGUUGAUGCCAUUCUGGCUGAGCUUUCGUAUGUUGAUGAAGUGGGCAAAGCAACUCUGAAGGAAAUUUUUCAAGGAAAAUGCCUGAAAGCCCUAAUUAUUGGUGCGGGGCUGGUCUUUUUUCAGCAGGUCACUGGGCAACCGAGCGUGCUGUAUUAUGCAGCAACAAUUUUUCAGAGUGCAGGGUUUUCUUCUGCAUCUGAUGCAACCCGUGUCUCAAUUCUGCUUGGGUUAUUAAAGUUGGUCAUGACUGGAGUUGCGGUACUUGUGGUGGACAAACUUGGAAGAAGGCCUUUACUAAUUGGAGGUGUUAGUGCAAUGGCUAUCUCUCUGUUCUUGUUGUCAUCGUAUUAUGCGUUGCUGAAAGAUUUGUCCUUAGUUGCUGUAGUUGCGUUGUUGCUAUAUGUUAGUUGUUAUCAGUUGUCUUUUGGCCCCAUUGGUUGGUUGAUGAUUUCGGAGGUUUUCCCUUUACGGCUAAGAGGGAAAGGUUUAAGCAUCGCUGUUCUUGUUAACUUUGCGUCAAAUGCAUUGGUGACUUUUGCUUUCUCACCAUUGGAGGCGUUGUUAGGAACCGCAAUCUUAUUCGCUGGCUUUGGAGUGAUUACUUUGAUCUCACUUAUCUUUAUAUACUUCAUCAUCCCAGAGACAAAAGGGCUCACUCUGGAGGAAAUUGAGGCAAAGAUUUUAUAGAUGUUUUAAUCAUAGUCAUUUGGUUGGUUUGAUGGUUUUCCCUAUUUAAAAUAAAUCAAGCUUUUGCUGGCCGGUGCCUGAAGUUCCACAAGCGAACCACAUAGAAAGCGGGCAGGUAUUUAAUAUAUUUUAAACUCAACAGCUCAGAGCUCCAACAAACCAUUUCUAUUCUAUCUGCUUAAUUUGGUUACUGGUAAUAUAUGUACAUAUUAAAGGCUACUGCUUGAUGUGUCAAUAUAGUUCUAUUAAGCAUAAAAAAGGUUAGGCUAUUGCACAAAGUUCAUUAAUUGUUUUUUUCUUUUGUGCAUCAAUGUGCAAGCUUUGAAGGUC